AAUUUUCUUCUUUGAUAGUUUCGCGCGUUGUCAUUAGAUGGCGGUAAAGAUGCCGUUUUCAGAAAGCGUCUCUGUUUUGAACAUUGAACAUACGUUUAACUUCGGACGAGUGAAAUUCUGAAGGAAACGGAUGAAAAGAUGCAUAUUAAAAUCGUUGCGAUCCUCGUUUGACGAUAAACGACGGUACUGUCUCGAUGGAUUCAAGGAAAAACGAAAGUAUAAAUGGUGGUGUAGACGAUACAAAGGACGUUUUAAAGAUCGUAGUUACCGAUGGAACGACAGAACUCGCGCUCACCUUUCUCUACAGAAUAUUGUACGACAAUGUCUUUGGAGAAAACCAAUUAGUCUUUAUUAGCAUUUUCGAGUUCCAGGACAAAGCGUUGUUUUUGGAGAGCGUCGAGAUCGAGCUUACGUCUUUUAGUCCUAAUCUUCUGCAAGGUAUCAGUUAUGGCCACGAUCCUUCCGUUCAAUUCAAGGAUGCCGAUGUCGUAGUUUGCAUCGGCCGUGCGAGAGAAUACGAAUUUACCGAAGACGAAUAUUGGGAUCCGUUUUUCAAGGACUACAUUCUCACCUCGAAAUAUUACGGUGAAGCGAUCGAAAAUUAUGCGAAAAAGGACGCGAGAAUCAUCGUGAUCGGAAGCACCGCCGCUACCAUUAUAUCCAGAUACGUGAAAUCUAUCCCUUCCAGUCACAUAACCGCGCUAUCGAUGUUCAAUUUCAAUAUCGCCACAGCUUACGUACGUUGCUGUUUCUUAUUGUAUUUAUUAUUUAGCGAGAAAAAUUUGUCCAACAUCGAGAAAUUGUAUUCGCUUCAGAUCGCUGCUCGAGCAAAAUGUCUUCCGUCAGAGAUAAAAAACGUGAUUAUAUGGGGCACAAAUAACAGAUGCAAUUUUCCUGAUUGUAGAUACAUGUUCUUCACGGAUCGAAGAAAAUUGAACACAGGUUUGGAAGUGUGGCUAAAGAAUAUUCUUCCACAGCACACGCAAAAUAUUAACAGCAGACCUUACCGCGUGAAAUCGAUGGCUUACGGAUUAGCUGAACAUUGUAGAAUUUUGUGGAACGGUAGCCCAACAAACGAAUGGACCUGUAUGACGGUUUUAUCCGAUCAUUCAUACGGUAUACGUUCCGAUAUAUUCUUCUCGUUCCCGGUGCUUUGCAAAAAUCGAACUUACGAAAUUGUACAGGAUCUUGUCAACGACGAGUACAUUAAGAAAUAUAUCAAGGCCAUGAGCAAAUUAAUUGCCAGAGAAGUUUACUUUGCACUUACGAUCUGUAAUUUAAAAAGGGAAAAUUGAAAUUCGUUCGUUUAACCGCAUUACGUUAUUUACGUAUCUUUAUUACCAUUUUUACACGUUACAUUUAUUUACAGAUUUCCUUUUACUACGCGUAACCGCUGCAACUCGACGAUGUGUCUGGUAAAGAUACGCGGAGCCAUUAUUUGUGCAUCGUAACGUACCGAUAAGGCGUAACAUUUAAAUAACGUUUCCACGAAAUAACAAAUAGUCGAACUUCCGCAAACUUCUUCUAAAACUAGUAAAGAAAAUCUUGUCGUUUGUAAAAUAACGUAAAAGUGAAUAAACUCUGCUUGUCCUAUGAAUUCUAAGCGGUGUUGAAUUUAUUUGGGAUAAUAUUCUCUUCUAUUUUUCCUCUGUACGUACAUACAUACGUAGAGAGGAAUCCAAGA